AUGAACGUAGAAGGAGGAAGUCCAAAGCUCUUCAAGAACAAACCCAAGAAAGCGCAACUAAAAGCAAAGGAUUUAUCUUCACCACCACCACCACCACAACCAACAACAGGGACAUCAUCAUCAGCUGAAGCUGCUGCAGCGGCAUCAUACAAAAUGGGGUCGACUGCACCACCACCACCACCUCCACCUCCUCAGCCUCCAAAGGAGUCCUUUGCUAGGCGUUACAAGUUCCUUUGGCCCCUACUCUUGACUGUCAAUCUCGCUGUUGGAGUUACAGAACUUGUCAUCAACUACGAAGCAGUAGGAGGCAGUGCAUUAGCUUCUCUCAUGGGAAUUCCUUUCGAUGCAAACUUCAUGGAUGCCUUGGGAGUAUCAUUAGAUGCAAUGCUACAUCAAGCAGUGGAGACUUACUUAUUCAUGAGAACGAAGAAAAAGGAUACAGACAUAGAGGAAGAGGUUUCAAGCAACGUUCCCUCCACUUCAGUUUCAUCCUCUCCUAGUACAACUGCUCCAGUUUCUGAGGAACCCAUACCAUUACCUACUGUUUCUCAAGUUGUGAAGCUGCGUGAACCUAUUCCAGAGAAUCAGCAGCGUGAACUAUUCAAGUGGAUUUUGGAAGAAAAAAGGAAAGUCAAACCAAAAGAUUCAGAAGAGAAAAAGCGCAUUGAUGAAGAGAAAGCUAUUCUCAAACAAUUCAUUCGAGCAAAAUCCAUCCCGAGCAUCUACAUGCUGAAUGCCGAUGCAUUAACAGUUCUAAUUGUUCCCCUUCUAGAUGAAUUUUCUGCAGAUUUGAUCAUCGUUUCUCGUCUUGACAUGGUGGUGGUGUUCGGGACACCAGCUGCGCCUGCAAAGAAGGGACGCCCCAAGCCACUGUGCCCACGAGACCAUUAUGGACUUAGCACUCUUGGAUGGCCCUUUAUCGGUGAAACCAUCGACUUCGUUUCCUGUGCUUACUCAGACCGCCCUGAAAGCUUCAUGGACAAACGUCGUCGCAUGUAUGGGAAGGUGUUUAAGUCACAUAUAUUUGGAAGUCGGACUAUAGUAUCAACAGAUGCAGAAGUGAGCAAAUUUAUACUACAAAGUGAUGCAAAGGUGUUCGUUCCUUCUUACCCGAAAUCUCUCACUGAGUUGAUGGGGAAAUCUUCCAUCUUGCUCAUCAAUGGGAGCUUACAAAGGAGAAUUCAUGGUCUCAUAGGUGCCUUCUUCAAGUCCCCUCAUCUCAAAGCUCAAAUCACUCGAGACAUGCAAAGUUAUGUUCAAGAAUCAAUGGAGAAAUGGAGAGAAGACCAGCCCAUUUACAUACAAGAUGAAUCCAAGAAUAUAGCCUUUCAGGUAUUAGUCAAGGCAUUGAUUAGUUUGGAUCCUGGUGAAGACAUGGAGUUGCUAAAGAAACAGUUCCAAGAAUUCAUCGCUGGUCUCAUGUCGUUACCUUUAAACAUACCUGGAAGUCAACUUUAUCGAUCAUUACAGGCAAAGAAGAAAAUGGUGAAGUUAGUGCAAAAAAUUAUCCAAUCUAAAAGAGAUGGCAUAAGUGGGAUUAUUUCAAUGGCGCCAAAAGAUGUAGCAGAAGUGUUGCUUAAUGAUGCAAGUGAACAAUUAACAGAUGAUUUAAUAGCUGAUAAUAUGAUCGAUAUGAUGAUACCGGGUGAGGAUUCAGUACCAGUCCUCAUGACUCUUGCUGUAAAAUACCUUUCAGAUUGCCCUGCUGCUCUACAACAACUGACGGAGGAGAACAUGAAAUUGAAAUGUCUCAAAGCUCAGCAUGGCGAGCCAAUGUGUUGGAGUGAUUAUUUAUCUCUACCCUUUACACAAACAGUGAUUACAGAAACCCUAAGAAUGGGAAACAUUAUAAUUGGGGUGAUGAGAAAGGCAAUGAAAGACAUAGAAAUUAAAGGGUAUUUGAUACCCAAAGGAUGGUGUGCUUUUGCAUACUUUAGGUCGGUUCAUCUUGAUGAAAACAACUAUGAGUGGCCUUACCAAUUCAAUCCAUGGAGGUGGCAAGAAAAGGAUAUGAGCAAUAGUAGCUUCACUCCAUUUGGAGGAGGACAAAGAUUAUGUCCUGGACUUGACUUGGCCAGGCUGGAAGCUUCAAUUUUCUUGCAUCACUUUGUCACCCAAUUUAGGUGGGUGGCCGAGGAAGAUACUAUUGUAAAUUUCCCUACCGUAAGAAUGAAGAGAAGAAUGCCGAUUUGGGUCAAAAGGAGAGAAGAAAAUUAA